AUGGCAACAACCAUCAAAGUAAAAUACCAAUCAACCGUUCGUCGUUUAACAAUUCCAAACGACGAAACAAACUCUUGGACAGAUUUCGAAACACAACUCCGCACGUUAUUUUCAAUUCCAGAAACUAAUCCGAUUUCAGUUUCAUAUACCGACGAUGAUGGUGAUGUUAUUACAUUAUCUUCAGAUUUAGAACUUCACGAAGUCAUUUCUAAUAAUACGUCACCAUCCAAAACGUUGAGUUUUGUUAUUUCGACCGUUAAUGAUGAUGAUCAUUCCACCAAGCAUCCGGAAAAUGAUUCGUGGGUGUUGGAAGGAAAUGUUUUACCUUAUAUAAUUGAUAACAAAGCUACUGUUGAGGAAAAGCAAGAGACUGAAGCUACUGUGCCAAAUGAAUCGGAGGGCACGGAGAAGUUGACCAACAAAAAUAGUAAUAACAAAGAAUCAUCUGAGGAAGAUAAAUCGUUACAAAAUGAUCACCAUCUUCAUACCUCAAUUGCCGACGAAGCAGAGGAACCUGAAUUUGCGCCCACGAUUACAAUAGAAGAGAAUAACGCUGAUACUAUCAAGGACAACAAAUCAAUUAAUGACGAAGCAUCAUCCUAUUCUUCAAAAGAGAAAGGUAAACAGAAACAAGUUUCCAUUGAAGAAUCAACUGCUUCCAACGAUGAAACAUCAAAAAAAGAAGAAAGCAAUAACCAAGCAACAAAAACCGAAGUUGAAAAAGAAUCGGAAACAAAACCAAUCCUUGAUGAUGAAAUGAGCCUUUUAGAUGAUUGGCUAAAAAUGUUUUAUAAUAUUACCGUCGAACAACCUACGACGAAUGAUGAUUCCGAAAAGAAUUCUGAUGACAACAACAAUGCAGAAUCUUCUUCGAAAGGAAGAAGGAGAAUUUUAUUAAAAAUUUCAUCACAGCCAACACAAGACCAAUUCUGUAGCUUUAACUCGUUUGAAAAAUCUCGCUGCAGUAAUAAUAGAAAUGGAUGCAAUCGUCGUGAAUUCAAUCAAUGUCCUGGAUUUUGUAAUCGGUCAUUCCUUCAUUCCAGAAGCAAUUGCAAUCACUGUGGAAAAGAUGCACAUGCUGGUAGUGGUUUCUUCAAUGUUUUUUCAUUUCUUAUAUCAAAUGCAAUCACCACAAUCGUCUCAGUAACUUUCUUUUUCGCGUUUAUUCAUAUUAUUUUCUCACUAUUCAAAAUUGUGCUCCCGAUUGCUGCUGUAGUUGUUCCCACUUUCUUUGCGAUACAUUUUCUGAAUAAAAUUAUUACUGGCCCUUUUCAUGGAGUUUGUAAUAACAGAGGUUUUUUAGAGAGACAACAACGAUCAUGUGGGAAUAGACAUUAUGGAGGAUAUAAUAGAGAAACACCCAUUUUCUUUUAUCGUCGUCAUUAUUAUUAG